AUGUCAGCUGGUAACAUCUCCAUAUUUUGUCCUUACUGUCGUUAUCAUGAAUUAUCAUCACCUGAACAAUUAUGUCAUCACAUCGUUAACGACCAUAAACUAACGGUUGUAAUUCAUAAGAAGCAGUUUGAUGACCACACUAGUUUCCAUAAUUGGUUGAGUUCCGUUGAAAUUGCCCGUGCCGACGGCGGCUUUCUCGCCAGCGAUGAUGUUGAUGCAUCCACCGAUGAAUCUGAAUACUACCUGUUGUGUCGCCAACGAGAUUCACCUCUUCUAAAACGUCGACGCCUCGUCUCAGCUUUCAAUGGCAGGCGUCAAUAUGAUCGAAUUAAUGUUGUAUCGUGUACAGCUUUUGUACAUGUUGAAUAUGAAGCUGAUGGCUCUGUUAACGUUCUGUAUUGUUUGGAUCAUUGCUAUAACUGUGAGUCUGGGAACAAAGGAAAUAUCCAGAAAAUAUCUCAAAAAAGGACUAAAGCAAAACGAAGCUUUGAGUGUUUAUCCACCGAAACCUCUGACACCCAAACGGUGCCAUGCUGUUCUUCUUCAACUUCUGUAGACGACGAUAUGAUUGAUGAAAUAACGGAGGAAGUAAAGCCGGAUACUCUAGACUUCUCUCGCGAGAAAGAAAAUGACAUUUGUUACGAUAUAUCAUUAAUGAACAAGAUGAUAACACAACGACUUGAUAAUACAGCUAAUAGGUUACGUGCACUCACACAGCUGCUUGCUGAUCUUGCUGUUGAUAUCCGAGCUUGUGAUCCGCCAGUCAAAGCAACCGUCUUCAUCUAA